UUUAUAAUUGAACAAAGAUAAGUUAAAUUGAGCUGACUUAACCUGCUGUGUUAAAUCUAAUUAACAAAAUGUAAUUCCCUUUAAUUAGUGGUUAUCAAGGAAAGAGGAUAUUAGGUUUGGAAACAUAGACAUUUUAUAGACACACAAACACAUGUUUUCCAGCAUAGCCAAAAUGGAGACAUCUGUUCUUAUUAAACAGUGUGAAGGUCUAACUAGUUUUUCGGCUUUUGCUAGAUUACAUCACCAAGCUCAUAUAUAAGUUGGACCGUUCUCCAACAGUUUUCUUAUCCUUUCACAUUAUAUUUAUAGCAUUUGGCAGAUCCAAAGCGACUUCAUUCAUUUCAAACAUGUAUUUAUUAGUAUGUAUAACUAUCCCUUUAAGACACCGAGCAACCUUCAGCUUGUUAUAAAAUGAUAUCAGAUUAUUUUGCAUGGAUUCAACUCUAGAUUUCCAUAGCCUCGGAGACAAAUACUGUCCCAUUAAACUGAUGAAACUCGAAGGAAGGAAAUACCAGGGCAUUACACAAGAUUAAAGCAUUUGGAUAAGGAUUUGAAAGACCGGUACCUUUUUGUUGGCCAUUCCAUCAAAUAAUUAGGCCUCCGACUCUUCGUCUAAAAAUGUAAUUCCCAUAACUUCUGCUGUGUGGUGUCGGCAUGUACUAAAAAGUUUCAUUUGAAUGUUUUUGCCUUUUCUUAUCAUCCAGUUAUGCCACUUAUUAGAAGUUAAAUGAAAGUGCGGUUGCUUAUUUUUUCCUGUUUCACCUAGUCUAGACCCCUCAACCCUCCCUCUCUGUUCAUUAGACUUGUUGCGGAUUAACCUACUAGCUCAGACAGAUUGGAAAGACGUGUGGCUUUCCAUACUGUACGUGUGUUUGUAUGUCUGGCCGAAAAGUGUGAACAGUCAAAAGUAUUGUAAGGGCAAGAGGAACAACUAUUGUGAGCGUCCAUGUGCAGGGGAAUCGACAACAGCGAUGUCUCAUCUACCAUUAUGUGUUUGUCUUUGGGGAUUCAAAACAGAGGGAUGCUGGAAAAACGUUAACUGGUUAAAGAUGAAUUACAGUACUCGUGUGGACAUCUGUAAGCUGGGCCUGAGCAGUUUCUCUUUGGUUUUCAGGUAGAGCUUAUCUAAACAUACCGGUUAAGGAACGGUUACACACUUAUUGUUUUCUCCAUCCCAGCCUGCUCCGUUCCACGCCGGACCCCUCUUCUCCAGGCUCUCAAUCCCCUCAUGGGCGCCAUAUCAGCCACUGUAAGAGGACCACCGUCUCAACCCUAACAGCAGUCCUCACCAUGGAAAUGAAACAGCCCGUGACGAUGAACCGAGAGUAUGAAGAAAAGCAGGAGAAACAAGACUCGCAGGAGUCGCAAGAGAACGGCCGGCUGGUUGCGGACAGUGUUCCCGAGAAGGAGCAGAAGUCGGUCAACGGUUACCCCAGCACAUCUCCACAAAGCCCAAGGGAGGAUGCGGGUGCCGGGACGGAGGGGGGAACGUUCAAGACUCUGGUGGUCCAGCAGACCAGUUUGGAUCCCCCAAGGGAGACCUGGAGCAAAAAAGUGGACUUCCUACUGUCUGUCAUCGGGUAUGCAGUGGACCUGGGCAACGUGUGGCGCUUUCCAUACAUCUGCUACCAAAACGGAGGGGGCGCUUUUCUUCUGCCAUACAUGUUGAUGGCCAUGUUCGGUGGCGUGCCGCUGUUUUACAUGGAGCUGGCGUUGGGCCAGUUUCACCGCAGUGGGUGUAUCUCCAUUUGGAAACACAUCUGCCCCAUCUUCAAAGGUAUUGGCUUUGCCAUCUGCAUCAUCGCAUUGUACAUUGCCUUCUACUAUAACACCAUAAUGGCCUGGGCCCUCUACUACCUCCUGUCCUCUUUUCGUGCCACGUUACCCUGGACCACCUGCAACAAUUGGUGGAAUACUCCUAACUGUACCCGAUACUUGUCCACGGACUUAAACGUCUCCUGGACCGAGAGCUCCAUAUCUCCUGCUGAGGAGUUCUAUAUACGGCAGGUGUUACAGGUACAUCGGUCCCCUGGUCUUCAUCAGCUGGGGUGGGUGAGCUGGCAGCUGGCCCUCUGUCUGCUCUUUAUCUUCACCAUCGUAUAUUUCAGCAUUUGGAAGGGGGUCAAGACUUCAGGCAAGGUAGUUUGGGUAACAGCUACCUUUCCUUACCUGGUGUUGUUUGUCCUGUUAAUAAGAGGAGCCACCCUACCAGGAGCCUGGAGAGGAGUGGUCUUCUACCUGAAACCUGACUGGAAUAAACUUCUCAGUACUACAGUUUGGCUUGAUGCAGCUGCACAGAUCUUCUUCUCUCUGGGUCCAGGCUUUGGUGUUCUCCUGGCCUUUGCCAGCUACAAUCCCUUUCAUAACAACUGCUACAAAGAUGCAUUGAUCACAAGCUCUGUAAACUGUUUGACCAGUUUCUUGUCAGGCUUUGUGAUCUUCACAGUUCUGGGUUACAUGGCUGAGAUGCGUCAACAGGGUGUGGAGACUGUAGCUAAGGAUGCUGGGCCCAGUCUGCUGUUCAUCAUCUAUGCUGAGGCUAUCGCCAAUAUGCCGGCUGCCACCUUCUUCGCCAUCAUAUUCUUCCUCAUGAUAAUUAUGCUUGGGCUGGACAGCACGUUUGCAGGUCUAGAAGGUGUUAUUACCGCCAUGUUGGACGAGUUUCCCCACCUGUUGGUCAAGAGGAGAGAAUGGUUUGUGCUCGGCCUGGUGUGUGUCUGUUAUUUGGGUGCUCUAUCCACUCUCACAUAUGGAGGGGCGUUUGUGGUUAAACUAUUUGAGGAGUAUGCCACGGGUCCCGCUGUUAUCACUGUAGUCUUCCUCGAGGUCAUUGCUGUUUCCUGGUUCUAUGGAACGACUCGCUUCUGCAAUGAUGUGCAGCUGAUGAUUGGUUUUUCUCCUGGCUUGUUUUGGAGGGUCUGCUGGGUUGCCAUCUGUCCUUGCUUCCUGUUGUUCAUUAUCGGAAGUUUCCUGGCAUUCCCACCAGAGGUGAGACUGUUUGACUACCUGUACCCUUUCUGGACCACGGUGCUGGGCUACUGUAUCGGGUGUUCUUCCUUCAUCUGUGUGCCUUCUUACAUGGUCUACUAUCUGCUCACCACCAAAGGGACCUUCAAACAGCGUCUGCUAAAAAGCAUCACUCCUAUACCCUCAGGAACCAGCGGCCCGCCCACAGACACAAUCGUCUUUACCAACGCCGUGUGACGCUAAGACAUUUCGCCCUCUGCUGGACAUGUAGCAUUAACCCCCGUGGCCUCAUAAAGGGCCCCGUCUGACCUCACUUCACACCUCACCCCAGACUGAGAGUCUGAGUACUGCGUUAUGGUGAGGCCAGGCCUCCGAAUACAGCAAUUGUUUUGUUUUUAUGCCAUUUGUUUCGUGUGACCACUGUCAUAUUGCUUAUAUAAGUUACUGACUGCAGUGGCUUUGCCGUAGACAUGACCCAGUUUGUGGUUUUGUUCGUUCUGUGUCAGUUUUAGAUCACCAUAUAGCCAAUAUAUAGAUGAUGAUGGCAAGAAUUCAUGACUGUGUGUAUAUCUGUUUCAUGAAGCUCGGGUUAAGAAUGGGAAUACAUACAGAAAUGGUUUGGUUUAUAAACUUUAUAUAGAUCAUUUUUUCUUGAAAGAUUGUUAUAUUAUUGUUUUAUAUCAGUGACCAAUUUCAGGUAUACAGUAUUUUACAUGUACACACUCUUCUAAAGCCAAAAAUCAUGUGUUGUAAUCUCUGGAGUUUGUAUGACUUAAAUAAGCUGUUUGUGGUUUCCAAACCGAAUCCAUCACUUUUUGUGUCAUUUAAAAGAAUGUGUUUUACAGAAUUGGUUCAUUGUACGGUUCAGAUGUGGAAAUAGGGAGGAGGAAUGCAAAAAAAGAAAUAUUUUUAAGGGCCCAAAUCAGUUGAAUUUUGGUUGUCCAUUGGUGAGUGUCUGUGACCACUAAGCCCCCUUUGCCAAGCAUUUUAGCCUACUAUAUUUAUUUGAAGAUCACUAUUAUUUACACAUGGACCUUUUUAUCCACAUGUAACAUUUACAAGGAUGUAACCAAAAUUGCUAAUUGAAAAAUACAAAUUUACUGACCACUGAAAAUUUGAAAACUGUGUGCCCCCUUGACUAUCAUGAACAUUUAUUUCUACAUAUUUCUUUUGUGGGUUAUACACAACGUAGCAGAAACCAAAUAAUUGUGUGCAUACUACAAAUGCUUUAGCCCGCAAGACGUUUUUUCAUGAGAUGAAAAAGUGUGACUGGACAUCUAGGUAUGUGCAUGUGUAGUUUGUGAGUCUUGCUAUUCAUGUGGUCCGGCGUUCUGUACUUGUUGAACGUUGUAAGAACGUUGGUUUCUCCGUUGAACUGACGUGUAUGAGCUGUACAUCGAUGGUCAGUUCUGUGUGUGUGCGUGCGUGCGUGCGUGUGUGUGCGCGUGCAUGCCGUAGACAUCAGUCUAUAUUGUGCGUGUGUGUGUAUGUUUGUGUGUGUGAGUGCUUCAGUCCAGUGCUAAACUUUCACUUCUUAACAGAAUGUAUGAUUCUGUCUAACAAAGUAUUGAAAAUCUAUUGUACUUUAUAAAGUCUAACUAUGAUGUAUGUCUCUAAGACUGUUAGGAAAAAAUAUGUAUAUGUACAAAGUCAUAUAUGAAUUAUUAGAGAUAUAAAAUAAACAUAUAUGUAUUAAUAAUUAAA